CUUGCUCUGUGUCUUUGUUGUUUCAGAUUUUCGCAGGAAAAAAGGGUUUAGACAAAGAAAAAAGACAGCUCCCCAGAAAGAAUAUUAGCUUUUUGAACAUUAACUAAAAUUUAUUACAGUAAGAAGAGAUGUGCACACCCUUAGCUCCUAUGAGGCUCCUAUUAACCACCACCACCACUACCACCUCUUUUUUUUCAUCUUCUUCCUUUGAAUUUCAUUCUAAAUCACUUAAAUCAGCGAACCCAAUUCUCAAUCAUUCAUGUUUUUCCAGAAAGCAGAGCCUUUCACCCUCCAAUCUCACGUGGCUUUGUGGAUAUAUGAGAAGAGAUCAAGAUAUGGAUUGUUGGAAGGCGGAAGAGGAGAAUUUUGUCUCCAGAUUUGGUUCUGAUGAAGAUACUGGCACGCAAAUUCCAACCCAAGUCCAGUCUCUUGUAGAAGGAUCAAGCACAGCAGUGAUGACAGAGUAUAAACCUGCUCCUGAUGUUGACUAUCUACAGGAGUUAUUGGCCAUUCAACAGCAAGGCCCCAGAGAUAUUGGCUUUUUCGGGACACGGAACAUGGGAUUCAUGCAUCAAGAACUCAUUGAGAUUCUUAGUUAUGCCCUUGUUAUAACUAAAAAUCAUAUUUAUACAUCAGGUGCAUCUGGGACUAAUGCAGCUGUUAUCAGAGGUGCUUUAAGAGCAGAGAAACCAGAGCUGCUUACAGUAAUCUUGCCUCAGAGUUUGAUGAAACAGCCACCUGAGAGCCAGGAAUUACUGGCGAAAGUGAAGAAUGUGAUAGAGAAACCUAACAAUGAUCAUUUACCACUGAUUGAAGCCAGCAGGUUGUGUAAUAUGGACAUCAUUUCACAAGUACAGCAAGUGAUUUGCUUUGCCUUCCAUGACAGCAAGCUACUCAUGGAAACCUGUCAAGAAGCGAAAAACCUGAGGAAAAUCGUGACUCUGUUUUACCUGGACUGAAGCAAAUCAAUUCACUUGUCGAUAUAAUGUUUUGAUAAUUCUUUCUGUCUGUAAAUUAGGAGACUCAGAUUUGGAUACACUGCUUCUGCAUUUCUGCAAAAUUGUAACAAUGGUGAAGGGGGCCAAUUCGCUCCUCUUGAAUGGAAAGAUGAGAAAAAUAGUUUCUUA